AAAGGUUAUAUUUUUAUUGUUUGUAAAGAUUUCAACAAAUAUCAAAGAUUUUAUAAAAAUUUUCGUCAUAAAUUUGACUAAAAAUUGCCUAAGAAAUGGUUAGGAAAUAUGUUUGUCACUUUUUUCCUGUUAUGAGUAAAUGACAAUCAAUUUUUUGACACUUACAAAUGACGUUUAAUUUUUGUCAUUACUUUUUUAUGUUUUGUGUCAAAAUUGCUGAAUGAAAUGACUACUUCUAGCAGAUUUAUCAUUAUUUGGCUUUCGUCUGACUAGAGGAAAAUAAGAGAAGAGAAAGAUAUCGGUGGAAAGAAUGACAAUGAAUAGAGUGAAGUAAAGCUUUUAGAUUCUGAAGAAAAAUUAAGAACACCAAAUUUGAUAGUCACUACCUUUUCAUCGAUUUCGAGGCCGCAUAUGACAAAAUCUAUAGGGAUUAGUUGUAUACAUCCAUGUCUAGUUUAGGCGUCCGUGUCAAACUCAACCAAUAAUUGGAAACAGCUUUACCGAACCUUUUGUUAUCAAAGAAUGUUUUAACAAAGGUUAUAUGAUUACUUAAACAUCUUCCGACGUCAAUGUCUGUCCAACUAUUAAAGACCUUACGGAGAUGGACCCACGUGCUGUCCAAGGUCUAAGAUGGCUAUUGUUCUGAGCAAAUGGAAACCAACGUUCAAUUAGAGAAAGUAUCCUAAGCCACUCUCAGAAGACUUCGUAUUAAAAAAAGACCGCAAAAUAUGUCGCGCACACAAGUGGAAAGUGCGCAGCUGGAGACAUCUAGCUAGAGACCUAGCUACAUCACAAAGUUUGUUGGGUUAGGACCUAUUUGAAACAGGAAUUGAAAAAUCCUCUAAGAGUAAUUCUUACCAUGAAAAGUUCUUUCUCAAUUAGCCGUUCGGAUUCGGCAUACACAUUUUAGGUCCCUACUUUUCCUGAAAUGGCAUGCACACAGGAAUAUUUAAGGUUUGUAAGUCACUAGGCCCUAGUUCUCUACGGACUCUUGUGCCACCUAAUUAUUUUAUAACAAAUGUCAGUUAUAGUUUGUUAGUUCUUGUAAACAAUAAAAAUCAGAACCAAUUCUUAAUAACAGUUUUUCUACUAAUUCCUUACAUCAGAACCUUGAACCUCAUUCUAUAAAAUGUAUGAAGCCUACACGAACAACCAAAGUUAUUUUAUCUUGAUAAGCCUUCCGAAGCAUUUCGGUAAAAUCUAUAUAUUUUAAUAAACAAAUUAACUUUUAUAUCAAAUAAGUUCCUAAAUCUUUAAAUAAAACAAUUCAGUGUUUACUCUUCUAACUUUACAUAAACUCAAAGUUUAAGAAGUAAAGAAUUGAAAUCAUUAAUUUGGCACAUUUUUCUAACGUGUGAACAGAGCUUAAAAAUAAAACAAAUAAAAGCUGUUCGUUUAUUGUUUUAUGGAUGUGCGUUAAUCACACAAACAAAAUAUUAGAUAAGCUUGUUGAAGUUCCGCAUAUUUAAGGCAGUUGUAAUUCAAUUGAACCUCAGUGCUAAGUCAAGUAAGUUACCUUGAGAGGAAUUGUGUAAACCCUCUCUAGAAUAUAUUUUAACUAUCAUGAAAAGUUUUGGAAGAUAUCUAGUUUUGUUAGUAAUAGUUUUUUGUAAUAUUAACUUAGCGGCCAGUGAAAGUGUUGAAGAGGUUUUGAAAAUGGGGCAAGAUGCCUACAAUGACGAAAGAACAAAACCGGUGAAGUUACCAGCUCAAAAUUCGUCUUAUGAUUUUAUCAUCGUUGGAGCUGGACCAGCAGGUUGUGUCUUAGCUAAUAGACUCUCCGAAAAUCCAAACUGGACCGUAUUUCUCAUUGAAGCUGGUGCCACGGAAAACAUUGUAAACGACUUGCCAGUUUUGGCACCGAAUCUUCAACUUACUCAAGCCAAUUGGAAUUAUAUGUCAACAUCCCAGAAGAACGCUUGUUUCGGAAUGAAGGAUAACAAGUGUGCUCUUCCCCGGGGUAAGAUGUUGGGUGGAUCAAGUGGCAUUAAUUUCAUGCUCUACACUCGUGGAAAUCGGGAGGAUUUUGAUCGAAUCGCUGAUGCGGGUAACGUGGGUUGGUCGUACGACGAUGUCCUACCGUACUUCCUGCGUUCCGAAAAAGCUAAUUUAAUUGGAUUGAAUGAUUCGCCCUAUCACAAUACCACAGGUUUACUAGGUGUUGAAGAUGUACAAUUUCGAACAGCCAUGGGUAAUGCUCUUGUGGAAGGGUCGGAGUCUUUGGGAUAUCCAAAGAUUGACUACAAUGGAGCCACUCAAUUUGGGACGUCUCACAUUCAGGCUACUCUUCUAAAUGGACAUAGACACACUGCAGCCAAGGCGUUUGUCUUACCAAUUGUGAACAAGAGGAAGAAUUUGCAUGUCUUGACUUUUGCAACUGUCACUAAAAUCCUAAUCGACGUCAAGACAUUGUCGGCUUAUGGAGUUAAUUUUGUCCAUAGAGGCAAGAGUUACACCAUCAAAGCUAGGAAGGAAGUUAUUUUGUCGGCGGGAACAUUUAAUUCACCCCAAUUGCUUCUCUUGUCGGGUAUUGGUCCAAAAGAUGUUCUCGAUUCAGCCGGUAUCGAACAGAUAGUUGAUCUUCCUGUUGGCAGUUUAAUGUACGAGCAUUUAUCUCAUUUUGGUCCAAUUUUCACAACAAAUGUCAAGGGAGGUACACUCUUCACAGAACGCAUAACUCCUAGGGAUAUACAAAAAUUCGAAGAUGGAGAUCCCAGUACCCGGAUAUCAAGCCCCGCAGGUGUCGAAGCCUUGACAUUCUACAGAAGUCAUAAGUCACGCGACGAUUUUGAUCGUCCUGAUGUCGAGAUACUACUUUUGUCUGGCAGUUUAGCCAGUGACUACGGAAAGGGCUUAAAGGUAGCUGGGAAUUUUAAGGAUGAAAUAUAUUCCACUGUCUUUAAGCCUCUUGAGGGAGUUGAACACUUUUCCAUGUUCGUAAUUGGACUCCAUCCGAUUUCAAAGGGUAAACUUUGGAUAGAAAAUAGUGAUCCUUUUACUCCGCCGAUUAUUGAUCCAAAUUAUCUUGCUUCUGACAAUGAUAUUGAGGUUACUUUGGCUGGAAUCAAGGAGGCAAUUCGUAUUGGUGAAACACCUGCUAUGAAGAGUAUCAAUGCAACUUUGUACAGAAAGCAAGUUCCUGGCUGUGAGGACUAUACAUUUGGUAGUGACAAUUAUUGGAGGUGUUCGAUCAAAGUAUUGUCUUAUACGUUGCAUCACCAAGUAGGAACUUGCAAAAUGGGACCUUUGAAUGAUCCAACAACAGUUGUUGAUCCACAAUUGAGAAUUAAGGGUGUGAGGAGUCUUAGAGUUGUCGAUUCUUCAAUUCUGCCACAGCUGAUUUCAGGACAUACUAAUGCAGUGUCAUUUAUGAUCGGGGAGAAAGCAUCCGAUAUGAUUAAAAUGGAAUGGGAAUAAACAUUUUACAAAGUUCAUA